AUGAGAAUCACGCUAUAUCUAAAUGUGCUGGUGUUCGUCCUGAUGCUUCUCACCCUGAGGCGCUGUGAGGGCUUGCUGAAGGUAAUACUCGACUUUGAUCGCUGGGAUUUGACCAAUGGGACGGACAUAUUCAGCAUGGAAGCGAUUCGUGUGCGCAAAUACAACCGCACGAUGUCCGUCCUGAACGGUACGGCGGCGUUACUGGUCGAUCUGGACGAUAAGUAUGAGUACGGGUUUAGCUUCGCGCGUAGCGCCCAAGGAAACAAUCAGUAUAAUGCGUACCCGAUGAAACUAGCAUCCAAACCGAUGUGCGAGUUUUUAAGAACGUACUACCGGGAGUACCAGCACAUGUUUCUCAAGUUCACCAAUCUGCCGUUCGUGCCGGAUGAAGGACUGUGCCCGUUUCCGAAGGGAAAGUAUUGGGUAAAGGAUGCGUACGUCGAUUCGUCCAUUAUACCGGUGGUCGUACCGGAAGGGUUUUGGAAGGCCUCACCGGAGUUACGUGUUAUAGAAACGGGCGAACUGGUAGCAACGGGAUCAUUCUUUGUAAAGUUAACAAAGGAAUAUGUUUGA